AUGAAGCCAUCAGAUCUCAUAAAGCUGACUAAGAAGCUCAAUUUUACCCCUUUUCAAACUGAAGCUUGCUUUUUUCUACAUAAGCUACGUAAAUUGCGUGUGCACAAACCAAAUGCUGAUGGUGCUUUUUGUAAUCCUAUUGAGUCAGUUAGUCAAACAUUGUCUAUUCCAAUGAAUGACAUUUAUCGGAAAAAGAGAGAAGUAUUUACGAAUGAUUGGAUGGAACAAUGGGGAAAGUAA